AUGUUGUCUACACUCCUGAUCCUCUUUGCUAUCAUCGAUGAUCUUCAGGCUUUCAAGCCAGGCAAUGUACGUAUGCAUAUGUCAACUAGGUCUAUCUGUAAUCCAGAUGUCAAGGACGUGCACAACAACCCCGCUCCAUGUGGUAAAUCCAUGGCAAUGGAGACUUAUGGCCUCACCCUCCCUGGUAUGGAGGAUGGCUCUGUCACUAUUAGGGAGGAUAUGAUAGUCGCCAAGGAUGGUCUCGUCAGGGUUAAGGCGAUGCCGA